ACAUUUCAUUCCCAUCUUCACAAAACUCUCCACUCCUCUCUCGCUCUCAGCCAUGGCCACCUCCCAUCCCGUCUGCUCCUUCAUCUUCUUAACAUCACUUCUUCUUCUCCUUCCAUCCUCCCACUCUACUCCAUUCGGCGGCCGCAUCGCUCCGGCCACCGUGCCCCAAUCCGACGUCGAUCUCCUCGAGUUCCCCUUGAACCUAGAGUACCUCGAGGCAGAGUUCUUCCUCUUCGGCGCCUUGGGCCACGGCCUGGACGUCUACGCCCCCAACUUGACCGCCGGCGGCCCACCGCCCAUCGGCGGCCGCAAGGCCAAUCUCGACGUUAUCACGCGUGACAUCAUCGAGCAAUUUGCAUGGCAAGAAGUCGGCCACGUGAAGGCGAUUAAAACCAGCGUGAAGGGAUUUCCAAGGCCACAGCUCGAUCUGAGCGCUGCAACGUUUGCGAAGGUGAUCAACGACGCAUUUGGAAGGCCAUUGUCGCCGCCUUUCGAUCCUUACGCCAAUGGGAUCAACUACCUCAUCGCCUGUUACCUCAUUCCUUACGUUGGGCUCACUGGGUACGUUGGAGCCAACCCAAAGCUCCAAGGCCCAGGUUCUAGACAGCUGCUGGCGGGGCUGCUGGCGGUGGAAUCGGGGCAAGACGCGGUGAUAAGGGGCCUGCUGUACGAGCGGGCGAUGGUGACGGUGCGUCCGUACGGGAUCACGGUGGCGGAGUUCACCAACCGGAUCUCGGUGCUGAGGAACAAGCUGGGGAGCGCCGGGAUCAAGGACGAAGGGCUGGUGGUUCCCAGGGUGUUGGGCGCCGAAGGCAGAGUGAGAGGCAACGUGCUGGCCGGCGACGAGCUCUCGCUGGGCUACGGGAGGACACCGGAGGAGAUACUGAGGAUUGUGUACGGCGGCGGGAACGAGUCCUCGCCUGGCGGGUUCUACCCUAAGGGCGCCCGCGGUCGCAUUGCCGAAUAUCAUUUGGCCCAUGUGUAGAAGAAAGGUCGUUUUUAGAGUGUUGCAGAUGGAUUUAUGCCCUAGUUUUGUGUUGGUUUCGUCCAAGUAAUAAAAGUUGGGAGUAUUUUGUCCCAAAACAAGAAAGCUGGGGUGGUUUUUGUACGAUGAUCUUGUUUAGAUAUUUGAAAUAGAAAGAGUAAGGAAUAAGAUAGGAGGCAAUGGAAGAUACAUCUUUUUGUCUUGCAGAAAGAUAAGUAGGUUGGGUAAAAAUUAUCACUAACAAAAGUAGUGUGUUUGUGAAUAUAUUUUAGUCAAAUUGAUACUUGAUCUAAGACAAAUGCAUGAAGUAUUUGAUAAAGUUUUGGAUAAUUACCUAUCUUUUUCAAAUUAAUUCGUCAAAAUGAUUGGUGUAAUGAUAAGAGCCGGUGGCGGACCAAUAAUUCUCGUACAGGUGUGUCGGUCGAUAAAAUUAAAUAAAUUUUUAUUAUAUUUUUUUUGUGAAACACAACGAGAAGUGUGAUCGAAAGAGGUAAAGGAAGGGAAAUACUAGGGUAUUUUUUAUAAGAUAGACAAUACUAAAGAGCGGUAGUCCAUAUGCAAUCAGACUCAGGAUGAAAGAGCCUUUUUUGUCACUAGGUGGACAGCUCUAUGAAAACUACAAGGAUCAAGAAGAAACAAAACUUAUUCAUGUAGAGAGAAAAAGGAGAAAACUUCCUUACGAUUACCCCUACCCAAGACCUAAGAGUAAUAAACCAUUGCGUCCAAAUGCUUAAGCAAUGGAAAGAACACCAAAUUCUGAUAAGUUAACUAAAAUAUAAAAUAAAUAAUAUAUUUACGUAUUUUGGGAACUUUAUGCCACCAAUUUCAUCGUCGUGUAUUGAAAGUGUGUCGAUUACAAUUAUUGAAGGUGUGUCGGAAGUCCUAAAUUCCAAAAAAUUAUACCGACAAAACAUGGGUUUCUCACAAAAUAUUCAUGGGUCCGCCCCUGAUAAGAGCUACGAGAACCCAGGCGCUCAAGCAACAUAUGCUAGAAGACAUACUGAAAGAAACUGAAAACGAGAAAGACAAUCGAUUCACGUGGUAUCUUUGAAUAAGAAACUGGAAAUGAUAAUAAUAACUGAUUUUAUGUGGUAUCUCUGAAUAAUCAAGACUAUCUACGAGAGAGUUUGGACACUCUCAGAGCUACUGAUCUGUAUUACUUGAUAAUCUCGACACAUCCUACUCAGCCACAUAUAUACAACACAAACCCUACACUUGAUAAUCUCGACAGACAUCGAAGAAUAAGAGUGCUACGAGGCUGAGAUCCCAGUCGGGCAAAACAAUUAGGCUAUGGACCUCGGUGGUCUGAGCCAAACUACUCGUCCUUAUUGACAGCAAAUCUACUCAUAAUUUUUCCAGUAACUGAGUUGUUGUCAUUCUUCAAUCCAACCUUUCAACAUUAAGAUCGAGGAUGGUAAGUGAAUUCCGGUUUUCCGGCGAGAAAAAUCUUGUGUUUAAUUUCAAUCAAUGCACCUUGAACAACGACAAUAACACAGUUCACACCCUCUCCGAACAAUGUUCGAACGAGUGUGUUUGAUGUUUUUAUGGUUUUUUGGGAACAAGCUAAGUUAAUUACACCUACUCUUAUGGAGGUUCAGUAAGAGCUCCGAAAACUAAAGACUAAAGGCUAAUUUGCAUU